CCUCGCGUCGCUCACAGCCUCCGCUCCCUAGUGCCCAAACCCAGCCCCCUGUGAGAAAAGCGGCCCAGACUGACAGCCCCUUAUCCUACCCUACCUUACCCUACUUUACCCUACCCUACAUUGUCCUACUCUACCCUGCCAUGUCCUACUUACUUGUGCCCUCUCAUGACCUGCCUUGCCCUAGCUUGCCUUGUUCUAUUCUCAUUUUCCAAGCUUUCCUGUAAGUUUUCUUCAGUAUUUUCUUCGUUUUUAAUUCUGGUAUAGCAAUUUUUUCUCGUAUCCUGUUCAUAUUCUAACCUAAAUUAUCUAUCGUAUCUUAGUAUCCUUCCUACGCAUCAUCUUUCUAUCCUACCUGACCUAAUCUGCUCUAGAUAUAAUCCUGCGUUGCCAACACGACCUUCCUAUUCUGCUGUGUCUCACUCUUAUGUUCUUCACGCUAUCCUGCUCCAAUUCGUCGUCCUUUAUCCUACACGCCCUUUCCUUCUGCCUCGUACUUCCCCAGCCAUGCCCUGACCUAAAAAAAACCUGCCCCACCCUGCCUUACCUAAGUUUCCUAAAUCCUCCAUCACUCAACAUACUUUCCUGCUCCAUUCUAGCUCUUGUUUUGCUCUCCUCUCACGCACUUUUUUGCAUAUUCUGGCUCUUAUUUUAUGCUACACUAAACUAGUCUUCCCUUAACCCUGUGAUGAAGGCAACGACUGCAGCUUAUACGAGUCGAGUUUAAGAAUUUCUAAAAGACGCUUGAUACAAUAUUCCGAGUAUUUUACGCAGGCUCGAAGGUGUGAAAGUGUUACUCUCUGGUUGUGAAUAGGGACAAAAUGAACUCUCUUAUUACUAAAUGAAAAGUGCAUCAGACAAUGACUCUCUCUACUAAGACUUCGUUGCUGAAUGAACCGAUUAUCUUGUAUUGUGACUGAAGGAAACUGAAGUAGACGGGAUAAAAAAAGGAAAAGAGGACGAAGAAACGAAAGACAAAAGAAGGAAAAACGCAAGGGAAGGAAAAAACAAGGAAAGUUAAAGAAAAUAAGACAUUCUCUCAACAACAUCAAUCCAGAUGAGAGCGGCCGUGCAUGUGGUGGUGGCGUGGGUGGUGGUGGUCGUGUGGGUGUGUGGAGCCACCCGCGUCCCCUCACCCAUCAGGAUCUCCGUGUACGGCCGCGACAACACCUCCUCCUCCAACUCCUCCUCCUCCUCCUUCAUCAGCUACACGCGACCACGACGGAACGCCACCUACGUCGCCUCCAGCUCGGAGAUAAAAAUCGGCGACGAGGAAGAGAUUUUUUCAUCCCAUCACGAUAAUGAAGACGAUGAAUACGAAACAGAAUUUGAAGGCCUGGGUGGCGUCAAUCGCAUGGGCGUGGCUUCCGGGACGUCGACAUCAAGAAAAUUACGCCCACACCUUCGGGAAUCCAAAAGACGUCGCUCGCAAUCGCUCCUGGACAGCACCAGAGGGAUAGCCGCCCCACCCAGCUUCGGUCCCCCUGCCGCACCUGCACCACCAGCGGCACCUGCGCCCCCCGCAAGACCUCCAGCGCCUUCCCCACCAGCAGCACCACAACCCCCAGCACCGCCACGUCCACCAGCACCACCUGCGCGCCCGCAACCCCCAGCAGCCCUUGGUUCGGGUGCUCCAGCACCACCUGUCACCUCCCCCUCGCCCCCAGCAAUCCCCAUGCCGCCCUCCACGCCCACUCCUACAAGCUUUGGCCCACCUGCCAUUCCCAUGCCCAUCAGCUCUCCCUCACCUCCCCCGGGCUCUGAUCAGGCACAGGUCGCAGAUAUCAAAUGCAUGGACACAGGAACCACCAGUUCGUUUAUGGCGGUACUGUCGCUUCCUCAAGGCUACAACGCCAUUCCGGUGUUCGAGGACCGACCCAACGUGGAUCCGACAAUCAACACUGCCUGCAGGAUGAUCCCCACGCAGCUCACCAAUGACAUGUUCCAGCUCAUCGUGUCCGACCUAGAGCGGUGCGGCGUGUCCAAGUGCCGCCAGCCCACGGGGGAGACAUGGUUGUGCCUGCAGCUGCGUUUCCCUUUAGUCAACGGCCUCAAACUUCCCGAGGACGAGAUAAUCCACAUCAGGUGCCGCCCCCAGGACAAGACUUCUCAGGAAACUCAUGUGCUCAGGGUAGCAACGGCAAAGUACGCCGCCAAAGAUUCCAUUACAGGAUUGUCUUCAGCCUCGGUAUUUGAGGGAGGGCAACAGGAGUUCGAGUGUGAGAUCGGCCUCUUCAGAAAGCUGCCUGGCACACAGCUCUACGCCUCCAUCGUCACGCCGGAAGUAGAGCUUGAUCUUGGGGAGGAGGUGCAGCUGAGAUCCAUCGUGCGGGCAGGCGACGGGUGGCAGUACAGCCGCAUCACCACUAUCAUCAUCCAGAAGGUGGGGCCGCCUCGCUCACGCUCCAUCCUCAACGCCGCCGACCUGGUAUUUGCUGACGGCUGUCGCAACCCUACUUACAAAGUGAUCGCAAAGCAGCACCCAAAGAGGGAUCCGAGGAACCCACUCAUCAACAACUUCAACUUCCGCAUGUUUAUGUUUCAAGACAUGCAGCCAGGCGACACCCUCAUGAUCACCGCCAAUGUCAUCGGCUGCGUGGACGCCCAAGACUGUGCUCCUGUUAAUUGUGGCGGUGUAGGGGAAACAGACUUCCUUGGUUUUGGAAGACGAAAGCGAGCGGUGAGCCACACGUUCACCACAGUCGUUCCAGUCACGUUAGGUGGGUCCGCGCCAUCCGGACCGCCCUAUCCUCCUCCAGUCACGAGCCUCUCUUCCUCCAUCUCGCCCUCACCGUCAACGCCACACUCCUCCAGCCAUCGACGACAAGACAACACAACCAAAUGGGAGAGGAAUCUAUCAGUCAGAGUCAAAAUUCCAGAGGACGAGGUGCAGCAGGAGUCCCUCGAGGAGCGUGAGUGUCGCUUGUACCUCUUCAUCACUCUGGGAGUGUCGGCCGCCUUCUGCAUCUUCUCCAUGGUGUUCGUCUCCGUGACUCUCCUGCGCAGCCGUACGAAGAACGUAUCUCAACCAUCUCCUGUUGCUGUGGUCACUCAGUCGCCGCCGCCACCUCCACAGCAACAUUAUAUGACACCAGUCUGCCCCAGCUCCACACGACCUGUGCUCCCCGAGGACGCCAUGUCAAAUUUGUCAAACCGCAGCGCCUCGUCUCUCCAUGACUUCCCCGUCCCCGUCCCUCCCACAAUCCGCCAGAGAAAGCGUCAAGUCAACACAGAAUUGCUGAGUAUUUUCAACAACGAUCAUCAUCAGUUUCCGUGUGGUUCAUACUUCCCUGGGAUGCUCAAUUACUACGGGUAUGUGGUGGUUCCUCGCAGGCCGUCAGAUUGCAAAGUUAGGGAGAAAAAAUCACGAGUAAACAAGAGAGACCGCAGGAGAUAUCAGAUGAGUGAGGCAGAAAGGCACACAGAGGACACUGGCAGUCACUUCAGCGGCAUUGAUGGAGCGAGUCGCAUAUCCUCUACUCACGGCGGCCACAAAGCGGUCAUCCGAGUCUCUGGGACGAGUUCAGAGCUUGUUAACUCCCGAUCCUCAUUCUCACCGAAGCCUCUACCAAGAUCCAGAGUACACACGAAUGAUGAAAAUAUUUACAGUGAAAUAACACAAGGUGCUAUGCCGACUUUAGUCUGAACAAAGAACAAAACUAACAAAAAUAGCAUAGAGGAAAAACAAGAAAAUUAGACUCCGAGAAAUUAGUCGGAGUCAUAUUUUGCAGGGAACGUGAAGCCUCAAGACUUGUGUUGUAUCUUCGAAAACCAUGUCUCUGUUUUUCUUGCUUAUGUUGGAAUUAUUAAAUGCAUGUAAUAUUCUGCAUGUAUUGGAUAGUGUAUGAAAAUGAUGUUAUAUAUUGCUCUCACAUAAAUAACCUAAUGAUUGGAAAUAUUGAAACUGGUUUCUUGAGAGUUAAAAGAAAAAUCUGUAAUGUUGUUUAUUUGUACUGUACUUCAUUUCCAUGUUAAAUAUCCAUAUCAUAUUUAUUCAAAUUUCUUAUUGGUUCGGACUACAUACAACUUUUUAUCUAUUUUAUUUAUUUAUUUAUUUAUAUUUUUCACUUUACCAACAUUUCCAUCACUAUUCAUUGAUAAUGUAAGAAAACAGUAUAGUGAAGCACAAACUGAAAUUACACUUACCUUCCACGGUUCCUACGUAUCCCUCUCUACUGUGUGUAUAUAUGCAGCUGUACAUUAUACGCCUUAUUUGUGUGUUCUCUUUGUUCAUCGUGCGUGACGUGCUGCAGCGUAUCUCAGGAUGAUGUGAUUAGCUCUCUGAUUUCUGUGGCUUUCCUUAAACUUAACAAACAUGUAAUAUAAAUUAAGAAUACAAGUUUAAAAUCAUUGAAUAAUUGAAGCAUUUGGCGUCUAUAGUCUUAUCUUUAAUCAGUUAUAUCAUCAAGGGUUACUCAUAUGCAGUAAAGUGUCAUCAUGCCAUCAGCCGUUGAAGGGUUAACAACUGUACAUACAAUCUUCACACCUCAGAGCCACCUCAUUGACCUCAGCACUCAGCACUAUAUUGACGCAGAGCUCUAGUUGCGUGAGCAAGUAAACCUAUUUCUAUUUAAUGAAUUUUCUAUAUCAAUUAUCUGUUUAUAUGUUGAGUGAUUUAUUGAGCUUUCUUUAUGUUAAGAUGUAUACAGAACUUCUAUUUAUUAAUUUAUCCUUAUUGCUUUCUUCCUUGUGCGUGCUCUUGUCAUGUUCAUCUCGGCGGUGCACUGCUGUAAAAAUACUGAGUACAAUAAUGAACAUGACAUUUUGAAGCAAUAACGGAAAAUACAAGCAAACUCUCUCUCUCUCUCUCUCUCUCUCUCUCUCUCUCUCUCUCUCUCUCUCUCUCUCUCUCUCUCUCUCUCUCUCUCUCUCACACACACACACACACACAAUUGUCCACCAUAAGCAGAUAAAAUACUGCAACAAUGAUAAUGGUGGGGAUUCAACACAUGACAAUUAAGGGUAUUAGUAUUUAUAACAUUAUUACCUGUAUACAGUCACCGUGGCCUGUGUAGCAGGACGCGUUGGGUUCAGGUACAUGAAGGGAGAAUGUAUCAGAUUACGUACAGUUCUUAUUUUGUUUUUCUCCUUCUUUCUACACAUCUAUUAUAUACUGUCAUUGAUGUGUAACUUGGUCUAUGAUUGUUACGAGCGUCUAUCGUGUGACUAUUGUAAGAUGAUUAAGUAAAAGUGUGGAACUAA